UAGACAUAGAUCUAUAAUUUGUUUUCGUUCUGAGUGUGCACAUUAGAUAAUUUUCAAAAAUUAUUUUUUUGAAAUAUUAAGAUUCAAAUACGUAGUAUUUUUCUUUUUGCAAUGGAGCGAUCAGCUAGAUUCGUCAACACUAUGUGUAAUGCCAAUUACAAUAAGUCUCCGAAAUCUUCAUUGAAAGCAAAUAAAAUAACACGUGAGCGAAGCCCGAGUUUAGAUCCGGGAAAAUUCAAAGAUUUUGAUCUGAAAAUAAACGAGGCGGAACAACAUGUGUCAGCAACGAAAAUCGUUGUCUCCCCUUACGACGUGGCAAUGAAACGCUGUGCUCAGGCUAAAUUAAUGCCCAAUAAGGUUUAUGUCCCUUGGUACAGAAAUUACAAAAUACCAGAUAUACCAGAUGAGAUAUGGGAUGAUAAUCAACCAUUUGAUGAGCUACAGAGAAGGGACGAAGAUAUUGCCUUGCAACGCUAUUAUGGAGAAAAAUAUCUCCUUUUCCAAGACCUAAGAGAUCCAAGUAUUCGUCAACAUCGACUUGAAAUUUUGAGGUGGUACAACAGAAUGAAAGAUAGGAAAAAAAAGUCUGAGUUAACAUUAUCUGAAGAUAGUCGAACCACUUCUGUUUGGCCUACCCCACAAGCAAAAGAAUAUGGGGCUCCUCAAGGAAAGGACACAAGGAAAUCAGUUUUUGGCCCAUCUGCUCACGAGAAGUCAGUUUUACUUCCAAUAAUUCAGUUCAUGUUUAAAAUUCACCAAACCCGUGCGAGGAAUAAUAUGAAACAGUUGAAGAGAAGUUCAAAUUGGAGACGGUUGCAUAAACCUGAAGUGGCGAUGAAGAUUGCCGAGCUAGUUGUUAGCAUUAGAAGGAACAAGGCAAUAAAAAAAUUUCUUCGGGUCAUUCGCUUGGUACUAAGUGUGCAAAGGUUUAUAGCAGUAAUUUCAAAGAUGUCUGCAAAUACUGAAUCUUUGUUCAAGACUAAAGUAAACAAACCUAUUUGUGUUUCCAAGAUGCCAUUAAUGAAAGGGAAAAAAAUGUUUGAUGCAGAAUCUAAAUAUAAAAUAUCAAAUGAGAUACAUGUACCAAUGGAGGUUAAACUAUCCUUGACUACACCUUGGUUUCAAAGAAGUGAAUAUGAGAUAGAUAAGAUAGUUAAGUGUUUUCAAGCUUUAAAACCAUUUGUGGAAUACCCUGUGAACUACCAGUAUUACAUUGGGAGAGUGGCUUGGCUUAUGGAGCUGCCAAAUUUCAAAGUUGUGAUAAGACAAGGACAGAAAGCGCAGUCAUUUUAUUUUGUGAUAUCAGGCAAAUUAAAAGUGCUCUCAUUAAAAGGCAAUGCUGACUGCUUGCACUUUGGUGAAUUCAAGGAAAUAAUGAUGUAUAAGGCUCAAGACUGCUUUGGGGAGGAAUGCAUAUCCCAGCCUUACAGCUAUAGAACUUACAGCAUUAUCACAGAUGAGCCGUGUAUUUUACUUUCUGUUAACAUUCAUGAAGUUUACCAGAUGGAGAUGAACAUCAAGCACAAUGAAGAGGCCCCAGAACACAUACGUUUUCUCAGUACUUUGCCAUUUCUGGAUAAUUUCCCGAAGCCAAAGCUGAUUGAGGAAGCGGAUGAAAAUGUUAUGUUGUUUUAUUUUAGGGCAAAUACUGUGAUAACAGAAGAUGUGGAAGAUUCAGAAUUUGUUUAUGUGGUUAGUUGGGGCUCUGCAGAUGUUCUUGUAGAAUUACUGCCUCAAAGGAAAUGGAUAGCAACUUACAAGUUAGCAGAGCGUGAGCGUUUAAGGCGCAAAUCAAUGGAAGAGAUGGAAUUAGAUCUAGAUAACAUUGUCAAACAAAAAGAAACGCGCAUUCAAAGUAAUCUCCAAAACACCGAGGCGACAAAGAAAAAAAGGCAGUCAGUACAAGGAAGUGGUAAUGGUUUGACCACUCUGACUCGAUCGCCAAGAUAUCAGAGGGUGUGCCAGCAGGAAAUGCGUAAAACAGAACGACGCAUUGCAAAACAGAAUGAAUUAUUUCAAGCUGAAUCAAGAAGGAUACAACUUAAGACUUAUAGACUCAUAUCAUCUAUGUCGCAUAAAACUUCACUAUUGAAAGAAUGGUCCAAGAUUUAUAGUGACGAUGCAAGGAGAAUGACCAUUUCAUCACUUGAUUCUAAAAUGCCGACCCCCGUGUCUAAACUUAGCAGUGACUUAGGUUCAGAGGGUUUAAUGUACAAAAUAGACAUAGAUCACAUGUCUCAAGACUCACAAUCCUUAACUAGUGAUGCCACAACUCGAAUCACAGAGGAAGCAGGGGUUGAAGAAGAGAGCUCAUUAACCCAAGAGGUCCAUCAUUUUCCUCAAGGUAAAAAAUCAAAGAAAAAACAGCUGCGUCGUAAUCAACGCAACGUAGCCAAGCUCAAACCUAUCAGUCAGAAAAGUCCUAGGCCGAAAAAAACCAAACAAGGCAAAAUGAAACCACCUAGAAAGAUUGAGCAAAAGAGAAAACUCCAUAAGGAUAGAAAUGUCUUGGGAUCAGUGGAGGAGGUGGAGAAGGUGGAGUCUCAAAAUUUAGAUGCAACGCCAAGCCAAGGUUUUGGUGAUCGCCAAGAGGACGAACCAGCCGCGUCAGACAGCUUUCUUAAAGAUCCAGUUAAAGUGGUCAAACGAAAGAAAAUUAGACCUCUAAAGUCUAAAACAACGUUGACCAAAACCAAAAAGCCCCUUGGACAAAGUGCUGAGCAGCUAAACGACUCAGAGGAAAGCAGAGAUGAUGAGACAGAAGAAGAGGAAGCAAAGAAACACUCCAGCAGGCGGAAAGCUUUUUUAUUGCAAGAUGAAAACAUUUCAAGUGGAGGUAAAAAAAAAGGUCAACGCAAGAAAGCAUCAGAGUUGGAUAUGUUAGAAGAAAACAAAACAGAUGGUGAUGAGGAAGAAGGCAAUAGAAAUAGCAAUAAAAACAAGUCCCUUUCUACCAACAACUCCAACAUAAGAAAAUUGCCACCCAUAGGAGAUUACAAUGAAAAUUAUGAUGACCUUUCAAAGUCAAAACAGAUGCUUUCAAGAGGAAUUCAACAAAAAAUAGAUAAUCCUAGAUUUGUUUACAUUGGAAGAAAUAAACCUGAAACUGUCAAGAACAAUAAGCCCUUUUCACAGUGGGAGUUAAGGAAAACACUACAAAGAGGGGAUGUUGUGGGUACUGAGUGGUUAGAUUAUAACGACCAUGCAUAUGAUCCACUGGAUGAGAAAUGGUCAGUGGUUAGUCGAGGGGCCCUUGUUAUCAUGAUAAGGAAGAGUCUUUUACUAAAGUACCUGAGAAAAGAAUGGUAACAGAUUGUUCUCAACUGAGGUAAAAGGGCUUGGCCAGAACAAUUUGAAGUUAUUUUGGCAAACACAAGGCAUGAUGCAUUUCAGCUGUCACCCAACUUCAGGUCCUCAUAUUAAAUGUAUUAUAGAAUGAACCCCAGCACAUUGUUUUCCCAAUAGUAUCUCACUUAUUUUGACUUUAUUUGUGUAGGCCUAUAUUAAGACCUUUUACCAAGUUGGCCUUUACAAUUAUUUAGGUUUGUUAUUUAAUGAUGAGGCUCCAUUAAUUCACAUGAGUGAGUAGAUUUUAGUUGCUUUACAGUUUAAAAAUACUUUGUAUUUCAAAGGAGGUCUGAAGUUUGUUUAAGUAUAGGCCUAUUAUUAUGUAUUAUAAACAUUUUAAUAAACUAUACAUAUGUGUAAUGUUAAGACAAGACCUUUAGAGAUUUGAUGCAUAUCUGUAAAUGAAAUGCCUACACUAUUAUUAUAAAACAAACUUUGGUAUAUUCUAGAUAGGAAUAAUCAUCAUAAAUAUUGUUUAAAAUUAUUUUUGUGAUACCAUUGUUUAUAGACAUAUUGUACAUUCUGUUUCCAAGUAAUGUUUUUUAACACAUUCACAUAUAUGUUAAUCUCUUUAUAAAUGUAGGUUUUUUUUUCUUCAUUUACCAAACUAGAUAAUAACCUAUAUAUUGUCCAUUAGUUCAUGGAGAUAAAACUGUACUACAAAAUGAGUUACAGCUAACUAGUUUUGUUUCAGUUAUUACUGCACCUACUGAUCCAUAUUUUGGAUGUAGAGUUGUAGUACAAAAUUGUCACAGCUAAUUAGAGUUUUGUUCCAGUUCUUACCACACUCACUGAUUUAUAUUUUUUUUAUUUUUUAUCAUGGAUGUAGAGCUGUAGUACAAAAGCUAACUAGAAUUUUGUGCCAGUUCUUACUGCACAAACUGAUCCAUAUUUUUAUUUUAUUCAUGGAUGUAGAACUGUAGUACAAAAUUGUCAAGCUAACUAAAGUUUUGUUCCAGUUCUUACCACACUAACUGAUCCAAAUUUUUAUUUUUAUCAUGGAUGUAGAGCUGUAGUACAAAAGCUAACUAUAGUUUUGUUCCAGUUCUUACUGCACUAGUUGAUCAUUAUUUUUAUCAUGAAUGUAGACUAUUUUGCACAAGUGUCACAACUGAGAGUUAUGUUUCAGGCUAGGCUAGCCUAUGGCACUGACGAACAACAUGUAGCUCUGAGCCACAACAGGGCUCAAAGUAUUAUAUUUAUGAUGUUAAUGAGAAAAGUUGAGGAAAAAAAGUCUUUUUAAAGUGUAUGUUUUAGAAUGAAAGCUAUAAGGACUAAAUUUAUUUUAUUUCUGCUUUUGAAACACACUUUUAGCUGAAAUAAUGUAUUACAUGGCUAUUGAGAAAUGUAUGCUGAGCCCUGUACCAAGAGGCUAGACCACAUAUAAUUUGAUAAAUAUUUUUUAUAUUAUAUUUUGUUUGAUGCUUUUUACACAAUGUUACAUUUGUAAUAAUUUUUUUGU